AUGAGCUUUGACGAGGAGCAACUUGAUGAUCUUUAUGCGGCCUUUCCUGACCUCCGAACCCAUGGGGCCAUCUCGUCGGAUGAUAUUAGACCUGCACUUGAAAAACUUGGCUGUCCCAUCGCCGGUCACGAGCUCAGAGAAAUUCAGGGGGGACGAGGGCGAGGAGGUGGUCUUUGUGAUAUUAAUGAAUUGCACAAAAUCUACAGGAAGGCUAAAUUUCUGAAAAUCGACUCAAAGAGAAUCCUUAAGGACGCUAUUCUCAAAGGUGUACAAGAAGCAAAGACCUAUGACACGGAAGUGGGUGGAAAGCACACAGUGACGAAGUCAGAGGAGAAGGCUUUUGCGAAUUGGAUAAACAAGCAUCUCCAGGGUGAUCCCGAUUGCGAGGCUCUGGGUCUCAUUCCUAUCAAUCCAGAUGUCGAUGGACAACUCUACGAGCGCUGCAAGAAUGGCAUUAUCCUUGCAAAAAUGAUCAACGUUGCGGUUCCCAACACCAUUGACGAUCGCACCCUUGAGAAAGGUGAAUCCCUCAAGGCCAUUUUCAAGAGAAAUGAAAACUUGACAUUGGUGGUGAAUUCUGCAGCAGCAAUUGGUUGCUGUAUGGUCAACAUUGGCCCAGAGGAUAUCUCGGAGGCUCGAAGACACCUAUUGUGUGGUCUCAUCUGGCAACUAAUUCGUAAGGCCAUUGUGGAUACUAUCACAUUGGCACAGCACAGCGAAUUGGCUUCUCUCCUUUCAUCGGGAGAAACUUUGGAGCAGUUGGCAGCUCUCAAGCCCGAGGAGCUGCUCAUGCUAUGGGUAAACUACCAUCUUACUAACGCUAACAGCGUUCGGCGCCUCACCAACUUUACUACCGAUCUCUGCGACUCGGAGAUAUACGCCACUCUUAUGGAGCAGAUUACUCCACUGGAUCUCCGUUCACAGCUAAUCAGCUCGAAAGUCAUUUUGGAGGAGCCCUCCCUCGAGAAGCGUGCUUAUAUGGUAAUGGAGAAUGCAAGAUUAUUAGACGCAGGAACUCUGCUGGUCCCAGAAGACAUUUACACAGCCAAACCCGGAAGUCACAGUGACAAGCUGAACCUUGGUUUCAUUGCAACUCUAUUCAACAUGUACCCAGGUUUGGAGACUCCUGAAGAUCUCAACAUUCAGCCAGAGACUCUAGAAGAGAAGACCUAUCGAAACUGGAUGAACUCCAUGGGUGUGUCGCCAAUCGUUAGCAACCUUUACAACAACCUUAACGACGGACUCGUACUGCUUCAAUUGAUUGACAUUAUAAGGCCGGGUACAGUUGACUGGAAGCAAGUGACGACAAACUUUGACCCCAAAAGGGAACUCUUUCAGAAACAGACCAACUGCGUUCUUGUGAUCGAUUACUCAAAGGUGAUUGGCAUUAAAGUGGUCAACAUUAGCGGUGAAAACAUUCGCGAAGGAGCGACCAAACAAAUCCUCGGCCUCUGCUUCCAAUUCAUGAGGGCUUAUACUCAUAAGCUGCUUAAGCAGGCAAGCGGAGUAGGCAGCAAUGCGCCAAUCGAAGACUCGGACAUUCUGACAUGGGUGAACGACCGACUGAAGGAAGUGGGUGAGCCACCAAUAAGCGGUUUCCGAGAUAACGCGCUUUCCAACUCACGUCCGAUUGUGGCGGUGCUCGAGAGCAUCUCAAAGAAGGGUGCGUCGCGCAAUAUGCUUACCGAUGACAACUUUGCCAACGCCGUCUACGCCCUCUCCUCCUGUCGCAAGGCUGGGGCUCGUGUCUACGCCCUGCCCGAACACAUCUGCACUUGCAAUCCGAAGAUGAUUAUCACCAUUUUCGCCUGCCUUAUUGUCCUCUCUUACAGCCUCAAAGUCGUUCCUAACCAAUGA